AUGCGGGUGGAAACGUAUGACGAAGUGCGUGAUAAGUGCGUAGUGCAGUUUCGCAUGCAGAAACUUGACGAAGUGUACGACAAGUAUUGUGAAGUGCGAGUACAAAUUGAGGUUCAAACCGACGAUCUGGAUAUACAGGAUGCAGCUAAGGAUGAAUCCGGUGAAAGUAGACCGCAGGACAUGGCUGAGGCUCGGAAGAGGGAGAACGAAGAAAUCUUUAAGGAGUUUGAGAAUAAAUACUUCAGACUGAAGCAGCAGUUAUUUUCGAAGACGGUCGGAAACGCUGGAGAUGUGUCGGGACGGCAAACGGUAGGCGAAGCGUGUCAGCCGUCACGGAUAAAGUAUCCAGAGCUGAGGCUGCCCACUUUCUCUGGCAAGCUUUCUGAAUGGAUCAACUUCCGGGACAAUUUCAAGUCAUUGAUCCAUGACAACAAUCAGUUGAAUUGCAUUGACAAGUUCAACUAUCUUCGAACGUCAUUGAAGGAUGAAGCUCAACUCCAGAUCAACCAAAUCCAGGUCAGCUCUGCAAACUAUGCCCUUGCUUGGGCCACUCUGGAGGCCAAAUACGAGAAUCACAAGCUGAUUGCUCAAGAACACUUGAGAGCCAUUUUCGCCGUUGCUCCGAUGAAGGUGGAAGGCUAUCAGGGAUUGAAUCAUCUUCUAACGACAUUUAGGGUUAAUUUGCAGCAGCUGGAGAAGCUAGGAGAGAUUACCGACAACUGGGGUACGCUACUCGCAUUCAUGCUUUCCCAGAAGCUUGAUGACGAUACGAUGCGACACUGGGAAACGCACCACAGUUCGAAGGACAUUCCAUCGUACAAGCCCAUGAUGGAAUUCCUUUAA